AGCUCCCAACAUGGCGGAAAUUUCGUCUGCUGUCGACGCCCUCUGUAAUUUUUUAAGCCUUACGUGUGUUGUAACAUGUCUCAUGUUAAAACUACCUCAGAUGUUAGCAAUCUUAAAAUCAAAGAGCACGCAAAGUCUUAGUUUGGUGAGCGUUCUUGUGGAAGAAUGUGCAUAUUCUGUGAUCCUCUCCUACAAUUUUACCAAAGGCUACCCACUGCCAACAUAUUUUGAGUAUACCUUCCUGGUAUUUCAAGAUUUGAUUCUGAUCAGCCUGAUGCUCCAUUACAACCGGAAGUUGAGCAUCCAAACACUGUUCUACUUCAUCAUAUAUUUUGUGUUCUUUCUAUGUCUUGUCAAUGGAGUUCUUCCAGAGUUGAUAUUAAAUACAGCCAUGAGAGGGGUAACAGGUCUGACAAUGUUCAGUAAGGGAACACAGAUUAAUACACUGUAUCAGAGGAAGGAGCCUGGCCAGAUCAGUCAAACCAGCUGGACUAUUGCUGCCUAUGGAGCAUUAGUGAGGAUGCUCACCAGUAGUCUACAGACCAGGGACGCUGUUGUCUUCAUCAACAAUACUGUCAGUGCUUCCAUGAACAUAACCAUGGUGGGCAUGUUGAUAUACUACAAACAGAAACCAAAGGCCAAAUUGAACUAAGCUUGUUGCCAUCAGUACCUGUUAUGUGGUCCAAAUUAUCAUGUUUCUCUUAAAUUGUCCACAACAAGUCUUUUUAAGACAUGAUUAUUCUUGCCUUAUUCUUUAUAAGACAUGUUGUGUUCUGUAUCAGAAGUCAAGAUGUGUGUUUGUAGUCUAGGUUUUUUUACAACGCAUGUUUAUUAUUGUCCUAGAUGUCUUGCAAGUCUUUACAAGUCAAGUUUACCUUGGUUGUCAAGUCUCACAAGUCAGUACAAGGCAUGCUUAGUCUUGUCAUGAGAGUCUUUACAAGUCAAGGUUACCUUGGUUGUCUAGUCUCACAAACCAGUACAAGGCCUGCUUAGUCUUGUCAUGAGAGUCUUUACAAGACAAGGCUACCUUGGUUGUCUAGUCUCACAAAUCAGUACAAGGCAUGCUUAGUCUUGUCAUGAGAGUCUUUACAAAUCAAGUUUACCUCAGUUGUCUAGUCUUUCAAGGCUAUGAAAGUUCUGGAGUCUUUACAAAUCAUGUAUACAUUGGUUGCAUAUAUAUUUGCCAACUUUUUAAAAAUUUCCACGUGGAAGAUUACGCAUGCUCAGAUAAAGAAGCAUGAAUAAAAUGUUUAUGUACGCCCUAGGGAAAAAAACAAUAUUUUUGAAUUACAUUUUUUAACUGUCUUUCAGAUGAAGUUAUCAGAUUUUAGAAAACACUAGAAUUAUCAAAUUCACUGGUUGAAAAUGCUCAAUUUAGGGGUUCAAAAUCGGGAGUCUCCCUCCUAAAUAGGAGAGUUGGCAAGUAUGUGUUGUCUAGUCUCAAAAGCCUGUGCAAAAACAUGUUUAGCAUUUUCUUGAGAGUCUUUACAAAUCAUGUUUACGUUGGUUGUCUAGUCUUUACAAGGCAAGGUUAGGCUUUCCAAAAUAAUUGCAAUGAAAUUGAAAUAGUUGAAAUGCCUAGUGAUCAUUUUCUAAAUCGCAUUGUGCAAUUAUAAUUCUUACAGACACGUUGCACCCGGUAGAUCGGGUGCUUAGCCCUGUAUUGUUGUUUUGUGACCUAUUCUAAUCGCUUUCUGUCCGUCGUCGUCCGUCGUG